AUGAAUCCUCACAUCGUUACCCUUUCCAAUGACACGGCGAGCCUUGGCUUUGCCCGUUCGAUUGAAGCCCAAGCAGCUCAGUACAGCCCCCGCGACUGGGCCAUUAUUGCAGUCACCGGAGUUUGGCUUUACCAAAUCGUCAAGCUGGUUGCAAACAAAGUGCUGGGCGUCAAGGCUCCCUUCGUCGGCCACAAGUGGUCUUUCGAGCCGGGAUGGGUCGUCGGUCUCCGCUUCGUCCGUGGCGCCCCUCCCAUGAUCCGCGAAGGCUACGCCAAGUUCAAGUCGACCAUGUUCAAGAUCCGCCGCAACGACGCCGACAUCCUCAUCAUCCCGAACAAGUUCGUCGAUGAGCUGCGCAACCUCCCCGACGAGAAGAUCAGCGCCAUCCGAGCCCACAUCAAGAAUCUGCUCGGCCGCUACUCGACCACGCUCAUCCUGCUGGAGAGCGACCUCCACACGAGGAUCCUUCAGACCAAGCUUACGCCCAAUCUUGGCUCGACCGUCCCCAUCGUCAAGAGCGAGCUCGACUUUGCUCUGAAAAAGGAGACGCCCGACUGCAAGGACAAGUGGGUUGAGGUCCAGAUCUACGACAUCCUCCUCAAGAUCGUCGCCCGCAUCUCGGCACGCGUCUUCCUGGGCGAGAAGGGGUGCCGCAACGAGGAAUGGCUCGCGACCAGCAUCGAAUACACCGAGAACGUCUUCCGCACCGUCAUGACGCUCCGCAUGUUCCCGGCUUUCCUCCACCCCUUCAUCGCCGCGGGCCUGCCUUCGUACUGGCGGGUGCACUCGAACCUGGCGACGGCCAAGCGCAUCAUCAGCCCCGAGGUCCGCGAGCGGCGCCGCCUGCAGGCCGAGGCCGGCGAGGGCUACCAGAAGCCGCAGGACCUGCUGCAAUGGAUGAUGGACGCGGCCAACGCCAACGACGGCCAGCCGGACAAGCUCGCGCACAGGCAGCUCCUCCUCAGCCUGGCCUCCAUCCACACCACCACCAUGUCGGCCGCCCACGCCCUCUACGACCUCUGCGCCCGCCCCGAGUACUUUGAGCCCAUCCGCGACGAGGCGCUCCGCGUGCUCAACGAGGACGGCGGCUGGAAGAAGACGACCCUGAACAAGAUGCGCAACCUCGACAGCUUCCUCAAGGAGUCGCAGCGCCAGAACCCCCCCAGUCUCCUCGCCUUCAACCGCAUCGUCCGCAGCCCCAUCACGCUCUCGGACGGCACCAAGCUGCCGGCGGGCACGCAUUUCAGCAUGGCGUCCGACUCGGUCAUGCACGACCCGGAGCACGUCUCGGACCCGGACACGUUCGACGGGUUCCGGUACGCGCGGCUGCGGCAGUCGUCGCCCGACAACGCCAACAAGCACCAGUUCGCCAUGACCGACUCCAACAGCCUGCACUUUGGCCACGGCAAGUACUCGUGCCCCGGCCGCUUCUUCGCCAGCAACGAGAUCAAGAUGAUCCUCGCCCACCUGCUGCUCAACUUCGACUUCAGGUACCCCGCCGGCCAGGGCAGGCCCAAGAACCUGAGCGCCGACGAGAACAUCUAUCCCGACCCCGCCGCGCGGCUGCAGAUGCGGAGGAGGGAGGGAGAGAAGACGGCGGCGGAUGCGGCCGUCAUGAUGGACUAG